AUGUUCGCAGCCAGAAUGGAAAAAGUUACGAGACAAGUCGACUCUGACCUUCAAAUUACGCAACACAUGGGACUGCUUGACCAGAGAGUUCUCCGAUGGACUCCUUCCGUCUUGCCUAUUGAGCCUUCACAUUGGGUUCCUGUCAAAAUCUACCACACUAGUGGUAGUGUUUUGGAUUUACCAGAGUCCAUUCCUGCUUUACCAGGACCAGGGAAGAUGGGCUUUGGAAUUGAAGUUGACGUUUGUGGUCCACAUAUUCAGUCGACUCGUCUAUCCUCGCAUUUGUCAGAACCGCGUAUCAAACGUUUUUCUGAUUGUUGA